AUGCUGCCAAACACAUAUAUUCGCUUGGACACGGCUCAUUUUAUUCAUGCAGCUAGUAAUUGGAAGUGUUGGAAGUCAGUAAUCCAUAAAAAUGUUAAGUCAUUUUACUUGUACUGUAUUGCACUACUCAUUGAAUGUGAUCAGUGGAAAGAUCUAGAAAGGAUUUUGAUAUUAACAUUAAUCAUUUGCAAUACUGAGUAUGAAGAUUCCAUGAUUUGUUAUAAUAAUAAAUUUAUUACUCCUCUAGAUGCUCGAGUUGAGUUGGAAAAUCUUAUCAGCAACAGAAAAACUAAAAUUUUAAUAGAUGACAUGGAAGAAAAAAUAAAAACUAUGGAUUUUAGUACGGAUAAAAGUGACAUUUUAAAUGACACUUGUUUUGAAAGCUCAUGUGACAAUAAUGUUACAAUUAAAUUAUGGGCAGAUAAUCUUGCUUCGCAUUCAGACAAUAUUCAAAAUAUUGGUACCAUAUUAAAUUGUUUUUAUGUUCCAUUAUUUAAAGAACCAUUGAUACAUAUAGCCAAAGAAUUCCCUUUAUGGACCAAAGUUUGUGUCCCAAAUAAAAAGUUACGCCCAACGUCUUCAUAUAUCGAAGAGGAUUUCAAGGACUUGAAGAUUAUGUUGAAUAAACAAAUCACUUUACCAGCACGUAUAGAUAUUUUCGUAAAGGCUCAUCUUAAAAAUCUUUUGGGCGGGGUCGUUUUACUUCAAAAUAAAAUUACAAAAUUCGUUGAUGACAAUCUUAAUAAAUCAUCAAUAUCAGUUGAAAAUUUAAAUUGCCAUGAUAAAAAGUCUGAAGAGAAAUUAAACAAUAAUGAUACGUUUCAGGACAUUUUACAGAACGAAAAUUGGCGAGGAUUAGGAAAUAACCCGAAACAUGCUAAUAAAGAGUGGAUGAAUUAUGAAAACGAUGUUAAAUUUUCCUGA